GGCGCCUCGCCUCUGCGUCCGCUUGGCGUACCACGACAGCACCGGCGCUCUACCGUAGCAAAGCUACAAGUCAAUGCUCUCGGUUUAGUCAUAGAAAUGCCGCGCUAGUGUGAUAUAAACAACACCUUUCGUUCUGUUUCCUACGAAUCUCUUUCUAUUACGGGAAAAAGAACUACAUUAGUUGUGUCCUAAACCGCGUUUUAUGUAGAAUACUUCUGACAAAGACCUGACAAUCUUUCGUAUUGUUUAAUCUUUUAAACUCAAACUAUCAUCCUAACGAUACGUGAUAAGUUUAUGCUGGCAAUAGUAAUUUCGUCUCGCAACGAAAUCUUCACAGUAGCGUGAGCACAGCAACUUCAUGAGGGGCAAAUUGAAGAGUCGAUCACCUAUUCCUCCGGGUGGUGAGAUGUCAGGGACAAGGAGGCGGCCACAGCACGGGGCUCUGCUUCCUGCCCUUUUGCUUCUGCUACUGCCAGGCUUGUGUCACGGGCAGCUGGGAGUGCAGGCGCCAGUGCUGGUACAGGAGCCUCCGGCGCGCCUGCGUUUCUCCAACUCCACAGGGGCGCAACUCAGCUGCUCAGCGCGGGGAAGUCCACCCCCCGACGUCGCCUGGCUACACCCCAAUGGAUCUCCCGUCACUGCAGUGCCAGGACUCAGACAGCCUCUGGGCAACGGCACUCUGUACUUCCCGCCGUUCCGGGCGGAGGACUACCGGGAGCAAGUACACUCCGCCACGUACCGCUGCCGCGCGUCCAACCUGGGCGGCGCAGUCCUCAGCAGGGACGUCAUGGUGCGCGCUGGUGAGUACCGCACAGGCUUCCCGCUCUCUCCACCAACAGCAGCUGCCCGUCUCGAAACUGAAACUUAUCAGCAGAUCAGUUAA